AGCCCAAAAUGGCGGAGCUGUGGAAUAGUGUCCGUGCUGCGCCAGCUGAGAAACACGACGCGCUGCCUAAAGCCCGGGAGGUGAUCGUGGUGAAGGCCAGCGCGGAGGGGAAGCCUCGUCCACACACCUCGUCCUCCUCGGGCAGCCGGGACCUGCAUCCCGCCAAGAAAAUCCGCACAGAUGACAAGAGCUCCUCCAAGCCCAAGCGUGUGAAUGGCGAGGGCAGAGGGGGCGGGAGUCACCGACCUGCAGCGGGCUACACUUCCCCGGCUGCAUGGAGCUCACUGGCCAGCGGCAGCCUGUGCCUCGCCCCGCCCGGCCCGACCCGCUCUCCGCAGCCAGCGCCUCCGCCCGUCCGCCUCAUACCAUCAGACAAGCCGAGAAAGCCCGGAGAGAAGCGGGACAAGGAGCGGAAGAAGGCACCGCCGCCGCCACGAAGGGAAGAUGGCGCGGAGGAGAAUGGGGAUGUCAAGGCGGCUGCCCCCAGCCUGCCCGGGGCGUCUGUCCCAGGUGAAAUGAAAGAGAAAAUUAAGAUCAAGGAUAAGGAAAAACAGAAGGAAAAAAAGAAACAUAAAUUGAUGAAUGAGUCCAAGAAGGAGAAUGGAGAAGUGAAGUUACUGCAAAAAGGAUCAAAUGAAAAGGCAAAACCAAGCACAGAAGAACUGCAGAUCAAGAAAGUGAAGAAGAAAAAGAAAAAGAAACACAAAGAGGGUGAGAAACACAAGCAGCCAAAAAUGUACAGCAAAUCAAUUCAGACCAUCUGCUCAGGACUGGUAUCUGACAUGGGAAAAUAUGACAGCCAGGAAGCCAAAGUAGGAAUUCGGGAUGCUUUUAAGGACUUUGUGGUGAAGGUGGAAGAAAAGAAGGGAGUGACAGAGAAUGAAUCUCCAUUUGUGUCUCUGAAGGAGCCUCGUGUUCAGCACAAGCUAAAGCGAUUGGACUCUCUGGAAUUCAAGCACCUCAUCCACACAGAACACCAGCCCAAUGGUGGCGCAUCCUUAAUACACGCAUACAGCAGUGAACUUUCUCACCUGUCUCCUGUGGAGAUGGAAAGGUUUGCUGAGGAAUUUGUUGGGUUGGCAUUUAGUGAAAAUGAAAACUGUGCAGCUUAUUAUGUUAUGGGGAUUGUACAUGGGGCAGCUACCUAUUUACCUGACCUUUUGGAUUAUUUUUCAUAUAACUUUCCCAACUCCCCAGUUAAAAUGGAGAUCCUGGGGAAGAAAGACAUUGAGACAACAACCAUUUCCAACUUCCAUGCUCAGGUAAAGAGGACGUACUCUCAUGGUACUUACAGAGCAGGCGCAAUGAGGCAAAUCAGCUUGGUGGGAGCAGUUGAUGAAGAAGUUGGGGAUUACUUCCCGGAAUUCUUGGACAUGUUAGAAGUGUCUCCUUUCCUGAAGCGAACUUUGCCUUGGGGAACUCAGUCAAGCCUUGAGCUAAAGAGCCGUAAUGAGAGUGAUGAUGGUCCUAUAAUGUGGGUGCGCCCAGGGGAACAGAUGAUUCCUGUGACUGAUAUGCCAAAGUCUCCUUUUAAAAGAAAAAGAACUACCAAUGAAAUAAAAAACCUGCAGUACCUACCUCGAGCUAGUGAGCCUCGGGAAAUGUUAUUUGAAGAUAGAACAAGAGCACAUGCGGAUCACAUAGGGCAAGGAUUUGAGCGUCAGACCACCGCGGCUGUGGGUGUGCUAAAGGCUGUGCAUUGCGGAGAAUGGAAUGAACAGCCUCGGAUAACCAAAGAUGUGAUAUGUUUUCAUGCUGAAGAUUUCUUAGAGGUGGUACAAAGAUUGCAGCUAGACUUGCAUGAACCCCCAUUGUCCCAGUGUGUCCAGUGGGUCGACGAUGCAAAGCUAAACCAGCUGCGCAGAGAAGGCAUCCGCUAUGCUAGGAUUCAGUUAUAUGACGAUGACAUCUACUUUAUCCCACGAAAUGUCGUGCACCAGUUCAAGACAGUGUCCGCUGUAUGUAGCCUUGCCUGGCAUAUCCGACUCAAGAUGUACCAUCCAGAAGUCGCUCAGAACAACAGUAAUUUGGAAGACACUCCUAGUAAAAAUGAGAUCAAACCAGAUGUGGGGAGAGAAGACAAUACUUUGUGUGCAGCAACCACAUUUACCUCUCAUGUACAGUGUUCUGACAUUAGGCAUCUGAAGGACCUUGAGCAAAAACCCCAGCAAGUAAAACAGGAGCCAGUGUCACCCCACCAAAUGAAUGAAGCUUUUGGCAAUAUUUCCCUUCCACCUGUUUCCACCACAGCCUCAGAAUGUCUGACAUAUACAGUAAAGACUGAGCAUAUUAAGGAGGACCAAGGCAAGGGUGGGAGGGAGUCCCUCCUGGGACUGAUUAAUAUGGACGACACGCGGCAACCUGUAUCAACAAACCCAAUUGUGCGGACAGAAGAGGAACCUCUGUGCUAAAAUAUGUAUAUAGAGUUUUAUUUUCAUUUUACAUGACAUAAUAAUUAUAAUAAUAAUGUAAAGAUUGUUAAAUCAUGGGACAAGCUUUGGCUUGCUCUGUAGUCUGUUACUGAAUAUAGUUCUGUAGCGAUGUAACAUUCCUCAGUGCCUGUCCAUAACUGUGAACUAUCAAAGCACUUAGGGCCAGAUGCACUGUAAACACUGCAGGUUUAACAUAAAGUCUCUCUAAAGUUUUGAGUUUUAGGUUCUAGGAUAGAGCUGACAUUAACAUAUAUAUAUUUUUUGUAAGAUGAGCCAGAAUUCUUUUUGACAAUUCCCGGCUUUUCCAUAGAGCUUAUUUAUAUCAAUUUUUCAUUUUAAAGGUGUCAGCACUGUAGUGUAAAUAGCUUUUUUUAAAAUCUUUUUAGUGUGAUUUAUACUGAAAUGUGAACCACCUAAUAAAGGUUCAUAAUGA